AUGUUGGCACAUGCCUUGGUUUGGGCUUCUUCGGUCCUUAGCUGCCGGGCGGACUGCGCUGCGAAGGGGGAGGAGUGCCUGGCCACAGCUCUAGAUUCUGCGGCCAGCUGGGUUCAAAGGAAGGUCGGUAAGAUGGACGCCCCCAAGGCAAAGCCUGCCCAGGACAUCGAUCAGAACGGAUACUUCUACACGAAAAGGGGCGGCGACGCAACGGGCAGCAACGCCAUUACCUGGUCCAUUCCACAGGACUUCUUGAAGCCCGCAUGGACCUGGAGCAACGAGCUUGACGAGCAAAUCCGCCACUCCGCGCUGAUUGACGACAAGAAGAACAUCUACAUAGCCGGAACAACGCGACUAAGAAAGUUCAGCCCGGAUGGCAAGAUGCUGUGGCUCUUUGAACAGGACGAGGCGGGCAACACGUCUCCUACCAUGGGCAAGGGUGUGAUCUACUUUCGCGUGGGAUAUGGCAAAGGUCACAACCGCGUCUACGCUCUGAGCAUGGAAACGGGCGAGGUGUUAUUCAAGAAGACUGUGGCAGGUUUCGGCUAUGGCCCCGACUCACAGUCUCUUUUGCUCGCCGGUGGCCGCCUCUUCCUGCCUGCCUUGUCGGGUGCUCCGCGUAGUGAUACUGGCGGCUGCGACUCCCUGAUUGCCUUGAACGCGUCCACCGGAGAUGAACUUUGGUCAUACACCACGGAUGAAGUCAUGUGGAAUUUCUCCCCAAGCACUCCGGAUGAUGGAAAGUCCAUCACAUUCUCGAGCACCUGCGGUGCCUUUACUCGGAUUUCGGCCAUUGACGGAAAGCUGAUGGUCAAGUCCACUGCAGACGUUUCCGCUGGCCCUUGUAGUACAGGCGGUGGCUCCACAGGUACUUUGCCUUGGGGCGCCUUCUCAUUUGACACGCAGAAUUACAUCAGCGCUUACAACAUCACCACGGGCGAGAUUGCCUGGACGCACCGGGUAGAGCCUCCGUACCGGAGCUGCCAAUACCCAGCAGUGGGCUACCUUUACGAAGGAGGGCCACUUGCAGUGGUCGCUGCCGUCGGCCAGAUCGCUGGCAAGCCGAAGCUGAUGGCUGACGAUGAGUUGCAAAGAUAUUUGUCAGAUGCGGACUACCGCCGUCACCUCAACACCCCCGUGUACUCGAACGCCGUCAUCGCCCUGGAUGCCGCUACGGGGUCCAAGAUCUGGCAGUGGAACGAGGCGGACUGGGACCACUUCGCUGCUGCAGGAGAUGAGGAAGGCUUUGCGCGACGACGGCUGCUGGGCAGCAUUGAGAAUGACAUCUGCCUUCCGGACAACCAGGGCAUCCCCGUCGUCAACACGAAGGACGGGACCGUCAUUGUCUCCAGCUCCCACAACGGGAACAUGACCGUCAUCCGGGAUGCAAACAAGAAUGGCAUCAUCGAAGACAAUGAGACAACGGCAUUUGCAACUGGCGUCGCUUUCCUGAACGGACCUGCGACGGCCCCUGGUAUGCUGGUGGCUUCGCCCUGCUGGGGGCCAAUGUACGUUUUCCGCCAAUGA